AGAGAGAGAGAGAGAGAGAGAGARAGGGAGGGAGGGAGAGAGAGAGAGAGAGAGAGAGAGAGAGAGGUUUUAAUGGGGAAUUACAGGUUUAGAUUAUCAGAUAUGAUACCAAAUGCCUGGUUUUACAAGCUUAGAGACAUGAGCAAGACAAAGACUUCCACCAACCACAACAAGAAACCACCACCUUCUUCAGCCUAUCACUCAUCAUCAACCACCACAGCACCACCGCACCACCACCAUUUCUCACACCCAAGAACCUCCUUCUACUACACCCCUAAAGUUAACCAAUUCCACAAUUCCCCCACAUCCAAACUCCCACAUUUCCCUCAUGACCCACCAAGAAAAUCUUCAAAGAGAUCAAGACCUCACAGAAAAACCAUCUACAGACCUUCUCCAAAGCACACUACUUCACUCGCCGAGUCGACUCAAACGCUUCGAGAUUUCUUUCAUUCUCCCACCACAAACACCAGCCUUGGCUCCCCUCCUGACCCCAACUCUCAAUCUCCCUCCUCCGAGUCAACUCAGUCAGGACUCGCUACUGCCUCCUGGUGUACUUCUUGUAGGGUCAGUUCUUCCACUUCCGACAUCAUAAUCGAUAUAAACGACAAGUCCCUCGCUAAAAAGAUUGAUAAUUCAAGUGGGUUUGAUCUGUCGCCUGAGAUGGAGCUGAAACUUCCUCCGAUCAUAACAAAACCGGCGAAAUCCACCCCGAGAAACAGACAAACCUCACUUUCCGGCAAAAAAGUCAAAGAAACCAACCAAACUCCGGCGAGAAAAUCAGUCACCGGAGUUAAACUGAGACCCAAUUCUCCAAAACUAGCAGUAAGCAAGAGAAUUGUCCAAAAAUCUGCACAGAAAAAGACCUUGUCGGAAAGCUUUGCAAUUGUGAAAUCAUCAUUCGAUCCUCAAAAAGACUUCAUGGUAUCAAUGAUGGAGAUGAUCGUGGAGAACAACAUUCGGGCAUCAAAGGAUUUGGAAGAUCUUCUUGCUUGUUAUCUUGCUUUGAAUUCAGAUGAAUACCAUGAUGUAAUCGUCAAAGCAUUUGAGCAAAUCUGGUUCGCUUUGCCAGAUCUUUGACUUCUUAAUUAGAUUAAGUCAAGAAAAACCAUAAUUCCAACAUAAAUUUAUGGCCAAUUUCAAUGCAAAAGCUGUUCGAUCU